AUGAAUCAACUUAACGGGGCUCCUCAGACACAGAAAUUGACGCCUCCGGCGCAAAAAGACCCGGUUGCUAUCACCGUUGCUACUUAUUUGCGGUACCACAAGAUUUUAAAACAACGGCAGGGACUCAACAUCAAUUCGGGGGACAAACAGGAUUUCUUCAGGUACAAGAGAUUAAUAAGGGCAUUACUUAGUGAUGAGUACAAAAAACAGCAAAAGAAACAGCCCUCGCUUCCUCCGGUCGAGGACAACGCACAGGCACAAAAACUGUUUAUCUUGAUGAUCCAGAACCAACUUAUACAGCCAGUCAAGAAACUCAAGACCCAGGACGCCAAGCAGAAGAAAGCCAAGCUGGAAAGAGGGGUUCCGUGUUUGGAGCCUACAAAUAAGGCUGUUUUGCAGCCAGAUGAGUAUUUCAUCUGGACAUUCAGUCCUCCGAACCCGUAUCUGGUGAUCUACUCUCUUUUAGGGCUGGUUGGUAUCUUCACCGUGAUCCUGUUCCCAUUAUGGCCUUUAUGGAUGAGAAAGGGUGUCUGGUACCUCAGUACCGGUCUUCUGGGCCUCAUCUGUCUGUUCUUCGCGCUCGCAAUUGUCCGUUUAAUCAUCUACGUGCUGAGUUUGGUGUUCCUUCCUCAACAGUUCUGGCUCUUCCCAAGACUAUUUGAUGAUUGCGGAUUCUUUGACAGUUUCAAGCCGCUCUACUCGUGGGAAGACCCAAAGGGCAAGCCAAAGAAGAAGUCUAAGAAAGUGUCCUCGGAAACGAAAGGUGUUUCGUCCACAGUCGACAACAACUCGUCUAAAGUUACUAAGAGAGCAACCGUAGAGGAAGUCGAAUAA